UGCAAUAUUUUCUUAUAUAAAUUGAGAAUGGACCCAACAACAGCACACUUCUUCGACCUAAUCUGUGUCCAAGAUGUGGUCGCAAAUACUACUGUGCCUUUUGGUGGGUCUUGCUUUUGCUUCCGAAAAUCCGGGAUGGAAUAACAACUACCACUACGUAUACGAGGUUCGAGGUCGGUCUUUGGCCGGUCUCAACCAAGUCAGUGAUGAAUACAGCGGUAUAAUUUUCAAAGCUGAACUGUACAUCCAACCCCGAUCUGAUGGAAAUCUCGGUGCCAAAAUUUCGAAUGCCCAGUAUGCGAAAAUUCAUAAAGAAUUGCGUGAAGGGUGGGAAACCGAAAUUCCUGAUUCCCAAGUUAGCUACCAACCGCUACCCCUUUCGUCCAAACCUUUCCAGAUUGGUUUGUACAAAGGAGUGAUCAGGAAUGUCAUGGUUGACAAACAGAUCAAGAAUUGGGAAGCCAAUAUGAUCAAGAGUGUUGUCAGUCAACUCCAACUUGAUACCAAGGCUACGAAUUUGAUUCCAAGCUCUAUCAAUAUCCUCACCCAGGAAGACUCAAAUACUGCUGUUUUUAAAACAAUGGAAGAGACUGUUACUGGAGUUACUGAAACUUUGUACGAAAUCCAUCCGUAUCCUGAAUACGUUCUCCAGUCUAAACCUUGGGUUGUUCCUCACAAACAUUUGAUUGAGGAUGGCGAUGUUAUUGAAAUUGUCAAAAACAAGAACUUUACCAACUCUGAACAAUCUCCUUCUUAUCACGCUGGACUUGAUGGCAUCUACGGUUACCAACCAGGAAACAAAGUCGGGAAAUUUCUAUCGAGAACUUCCGUCAGUCAGGCUGUUAUCACCGGCACUUUGGAUAAAUAUGUCAUCCAAAGUUCAGUCACCGUUGAACAAAUUGUCAUUCGUCCAACUUUGGCCGACCAGAAGAAGGGUUCUGUCAACAGCAAAUUAAAUGUGACUCUCUUACAAGUAGCACAACCAGUCAGGGAAAACGAAUAUGAUGUUUCCAGCCCUGUUGAUGUUGGUGUUGUUUAUGCAUAUGACAGCCCUUACAGUACUGACAAUAGCCCUCGUCCUGCAAAACAAUACGACCAUGGAGUUGCUCCCGGCAGUGCUGAAUCUCAAUACGACACCACUAACCAAUACGAAGGCAGAACCAAACGUGCCAUCACAAGACCAAAGCUUCAAUAUACCUCCUUCUCUUUGGAUAACUAUCAACCUGAUAGUAUUGAAGAAGAAGAUUGGCACCAGGACAAACCCCACUUUAAUGAAGCUCCUGCAUCUCCUUUGUUGCCUUUCACGGUUGGAUUUGAUGGACAAUCUUUCAAGAAACAGAAAAAUGUCAUUGAGACUGUGAGGAAACUUGCUGAAGAAAUCGGCCAAGAGUUCCCCCAUGAAAAGGAAAUUCUUCGCCAACAUACCGUUGGUAAAUUUGUCACCCUUGCCAGUCUUGUUCGAAUCCUGAAUCAAAAUGAAAUCCAACAAGUCGCCAGUCAGUUGUACAGCGGAAAAGCUCAAGGAUUGAAAUCGCCUUCAUGGGUUGCUUUCCGUGAUGCUGUCGCCCAAGCUGGGACAGGUCCAGCUCUCUACAAUAUCAAAGAAUGGAUUUUGAGCGGAAAGAUUGAAGGACGGGAAGCUGCACAAGUCAUUGCUGUGGCCGCCAAUGCUGCACGUCAACCAACCGAAGAGUAUAUGAAGUUCUUCAAUGAAAUGAUUCAAGAUGAGAAAAUUAUGUCUCAACAAUACUUGAAUGAAUCUGCUCUUUUGUCGUACACAAACCUCGUUCGCCAAGUUUACGUUAACAGGGGAGACUCUCACGCCAAAUAUCCAGUUUACAGUUUUGGGUCUUUCCGUACCACCCGUGGCCAGGAAUACGUCAAGAAAAAUGUCAUCCCUUACUUGACCAGAAAACUCAAUGAAGCUAUCAAUAAUGAUGACACGCAACAAAUACACAUCUACAUUCGUGCUCUUGGAAAUAUUGGACAUCAACAAAUUUUAGAAGCUUUUGAACCUUACUUGGAAGGACAGAAGAAAGCUUCUCAUUUCCAACGUGUCUUGAUGGUCGCUGCUUUAGACCGACUUGUUGAAUCCAAUCCUAGAGUAGCCCGAUCUGUUUUGUUCAAGAUUUACCAAAACCCAAGCGAAUAUGAACAAGUUCGUGUUGCUGCCGUGUACCAGUUGAUGCGUACUAAACCCACCCCUGCAAUGCUCCAACGUAUGGCUUCUUACACCAAUGUUGACACUAGUGACUAUGUCAACGCCGCUGUCAAAUCGUCGAUUGAAUUUGCUGCCGAUUUGCAAGCUCCUGAACAUCACAAAUUCCGUCAUGCUGCUCAGUCAGCCAAACCUCUGUUGACCAGCAAACAAUAUGGUGUCCAGUACUCUCAAGGAUACUUGCGUAGCUACAUUGUCAAGGAAUCUCAAUCACUCUUUGAACAAAACUUGCAAAUGCUUGGUGGUGAAGAUCAUGCCGUUCCAAGGGGAAUUAAAUACUUACUCGAAAAACAAUUUGGUGGUGUUUACCAACAAGUUGUUAACACACAUGCUAUGGUUUCAAGCAUUGAAGAUUUAGUCAGUGUUUUCCAACAACAAACCGAAGAGUACAAGAGACAGCAAAAAGAAAAACAACACGAACAAGCUGUAAACUAUCCCUGGUCUAGCGAAAAUGUUGCUAAACUUUUGCAUCUCCAAAACGAACAAAGAGAACAACUUGAAGGCAAUUUGUACUUGCAAAUGGGUGCUUUGCAAAGCAUCUUUUCUUUCGAUAAUCACACUAUGGACAGUUUGCCUGAAUUGGUUCGCAAAUGGGAAGAAGAAUUCAAACAGAACAAACACUACGCUUACAGCAAAAUGAUGAUCGCUCAAGAAUCGUCCGUUGCCCUUCCAACUGUUUUGGGAUUGCCCUUCAUUUACACCUACGAUCGCCCCGCACUCAUCCGAGUUGAAGGAAAUGUUAAAGUCGAAGCUAACCCACACAUCUCAUCAGGAGAAAGCCUUAAGAGGCCUGAUAAUGUCAAUGUCGACUUUGACGUCCACGCUGUUAUUUCCGGAAGGGUUCAAACCCAAUUAUGCAUUUUUACUCCUUUCGACCAUCAACGUUACAGCGCUGGUUACAAUAAGAACUUCCAACUUGUCUUCCCAUUGAACGGAAAGAUGGAAUUGGAUGUUCAGAAGAAGCAACUCAAAAUGGAAUUGCAAAAUCCUGGCAGUCAAGAAAGUGUUAGAUUGGCUCAUUACAGCAGUUGGCCAUACACCUCUCAAAGCGACAUUUACACCCCUAAACCCGACUUGAAGAUUAUUCAUUCUCAACAUCCCCACAGAAUUAACACUGUGGUGGGAGACAAGUCUACAGGAGUUGCAGUAUAUUUGCAGAUCACUAGUGACCAUAGGAUCGAUCCUGCUUUCAUGUAUGAAAGGCUUCGUCAUCACGAUUUGGUUUCUGCCGUUUUAGACCCUUGGGUGGAUGAUACCAUUCAAUACGUUCAUAUUGAUGUGGGAAUUGACUCAAGCAAGUCAACGGCUCAACAAGUCAACCUUCAUUUGGGAUACAAUUAUCAAUAUCAAUCAACUCAAGCCCAGGAAAACAACUCCAACGAUCAAAUUAAUGACAUUCCUGCUUUCCCCGACAGUCCAGAAAAGAGACAGCAAGAGUUUGUUGACAAACUUGGAAAAUACAUCAACAAUCCUCAUAUUUUCGUUGCUGACGCUACUGCUGACUUCCAAGGACAAUACAAAGUCAAAUACUCUGCUACUUUUGGUGUUGCCAAGAGCAAUGUUAAUCCUCAAAGCCGUUUCAUGGGUUACGCUAGGAAAGUUGAAAAACAAAACCCACAAGUUUUGGCUUACGUUCAAGGAAUUUCUCAUGUUCCUAACACUAAUGGCCUCAAUUUGGAUUAUGCCAUGGAAUUUGAUCCAACAAGCACAACUAAUGUUCAAGGAUUACUUCGUAAAGAUCAACGCCUUUCUCGAGUAGAUGCUCAUAUUGAAUUAAGCAAGAGUGAACAACGUAAGGAAUAUUUGAAACAACAAGAGGAAUACAAAGAAUGCAAGCAUCAAAUGCAAGAAGGAAACACACAAUUGCCUGUUUGUGCCAAGAUGGCUAUCAGAGCAAAUCUUUUGGAUACAUUCUCAAUUAAAAUGAAAUACAAUGAUAUGGAUCCCCGUGUUAUCAAUGCCACUUAUAAGACUUACAGCGUUUUGCGUCAUUUCUUCUAUCCAAGGGUUGAAGAAAAUAUUGUUGAACCAUCAUCUGAUAAUCGACUUGAUAUUCAAGGACAAUUCAGUCCCGAUUUGCACGCUGUUAACAUUUCAAUCAACAGUGAAUAUGGCAAUGUCCAAGUAAGAAACGUCGAAGUAGGCAAAUGGUAUAGAGAAAUGUUUAUCCCUCAACCAGUUUUCCACGUCAGAGCUCGCCUCCAAGGAGAAGCACUUAAAUAUGACACUUACAGACCAAUUUGCGUCGUCGACAAAACCCAUACCAGUACUUGGGACAACAAAACCUACCCCACAAGCUUCUCCAAUGGCUGGACUGUGCUUCUUCAGUACGUUCCUCGCAGACCAUCAUCAACUCAAAACAAACCAUACGAAUCUGUUCAAGAACAAUUAGACCAACUUAUCGAAUCUUACAUUGUCUACGCUCGAGCUUCUGAACAAAGCCAAUCGCAAAAAGAAAUCCAAAUCGUUUUGCAGAUGCCCCACACUAAUGGUAAAAUUGUGAAAAUCUUGAUGAAGCCAUCAAGCCAAGGCAAAGGACCUAAAGUCUUUGUCAAUGAACAAGAAGUUAAAUACGACACCGAACAUGCUUCGUAUACUUACGACGGUGCUAUCCAAAUCUACGGCUUGCCUAACCAAGAAGUCAAACUGGAAAUUUGUGAUGCUUUUUAUGCCAUCUUCAAUGGCCAAACCCUUAAACUUACCGCCACUAACAGCAAAUUCAGAGAUGCUUCCCGUGGUCUUUGCGGCACUUUCACCGGUGAAGAAGAAACCGACUUUUUGGGCCCCGAUAACUGCAUUAUCCAUACUCCAGAAAAAUUCAUGGAAAGCUACACCAUUGGAAAAGAACUCAUGCAACGCGGCUCCCAAAUGAGACGCAGUGCUGACGACAAACAAUGCUAUUACAAGAAGGUCCACUAUGCUAACUACAUUUCCAACCAAGAUGCUGGCCGUGCUACUGAUUUUGAAAAAAGAGGAAGAGGUUCAUGCAGCAAAUUACAAACUCGUUAUGUAGAAGAAAAUGGUGAAAUCUGUUUCACCAUCCGUCCAUUGCCUGUGUGCAAGAGCCGUUGCCAACAGCGAGGAACAAUCUACAAGAACGUUCAAGUUUAUUGUUCAAGACCCACAAGCAGCACUAGUUUGUGGAAGAACGAAAUUCAAAAGGGUGCUAGCCCCGACUUCAGCUUGCAACAAGUAUCCAAGACCAUUCAAAUGGAAAUGCCCAAAGAAUGUUUACCGUAAUCAAAUCACGACCACAAAUUUGUCUUUGCAGUUACACUAGUAUUUAUACGAGCAUCCACAAAAUGUAAAAAAAAUAUAUAAAAUAAAUUCUUUAGAAUAA